CUGUCUGUUUCCCGCCCACGCAAAACAUUUCACUCUUCUCUCACACACUUGAGUUGACAAUCACACCAUCCUUUCUCUCCCCAAACACCACCGCCGCCGACGCCAUGGAAUCGGACACAUCUAUCCUCUCCAAACUCCAAUCUCCAUCGCCAACCGGCAUCCACGCCCUCUUCACAUCCCAUCUCCACCCUUUCACUCCUUUCUUCGCCGCCACCGUCAAAAAGCCGCUCAAAUCUUCCAAAUCUAAACCCCCAGUUGAUCUCCCUGCUAUCCGCCCCCUCGCCAAACAGUUCUUAUCGUUCAUACACAACUCCCUCUCUCUCAUCCCCAAGCGUCUCUCCGAGUCUCCUAAAAUGCCCCGAACUUCCGCCCUGGAAUUGUUCGACAGCUAUCGCCUCUGCCUCGACUGCCUCCAAGUCAUCGCGCCGGAGCUCUCCGGAAAACCGCAUUCGGUUCAAGUUCAGAGGAUUCGGUAUGUUCAUUGCUUGGAGCAUUGGGAUUUGUUCAAAGAAGCGGAGGCCGAGGGUUUGGUGGUACUGGAGAGGUUAAAUGCGAAUGCAGGAGGUGGAUUGAAAGGUAGGUCGGGGAAAUUGAAGGCGCGUUUGGUUCCUGAAUUGAGUGGGGAGGGCGCUGAUCGAGAACUUGCCGCUAUAGUUUUGGAGGUCGUUGUGACCUUAGUAAAAUGUGCCUCUAAGAGGAAGAGCAAAGUGGAAGCUGAUUACUGGAGAGUAAUUUCCUUGGUGAAUGAAUCCGAGCCGUGUUUCAAGAUAUUGGAUGCAAAGGACUACGCGAAAUUCCACCAUUUCUUGGAGACAAAUCUUCAUAUAAUUGCUGUAUUUUUAGUAGCAGAAAUAAAAUCAUUCAGUGUGGAUUUGAUACGUGAGUUCUCCGCAGUCACCGUGAAAGAGUACAAGAAAUCAUGUGCUCAAGAUCAAAUAUACAAGGUUGCACUUAAGAUUUGUUCUUCUCUAUUCUCUCAGAGAGACGAGCUGUCCGCUGACAUCAUACUUGAUGUGUUAAAACAUGUCCUAGAUUUUAUGGCUGCUGAAUGCAAGGAUGGAGCCGAAAAAACAGCUUUGGGUUUUCUGGAACUUGUGUGUUAUUGUGCAAAUAAAUGCCAAAGUGCAACUGUUGUUUUAUGUGAUCCAGUUGCUCUAUAUCUGUAUAGAUUAGCAGAAUCUUUUAGUCAGGAUUUCAUCUUCAUCAGUUCUAUUCUCAAUCUGUACGCAAGUGGAUUAUUAGGAAGCUCAUCAAAUCAGUUGAAAGAGGAAGACACUGAAAAAGGUGGAACUUCUCUUCAGGUGUUGCUCAAUAACACGAGGCUUCAACAAGUGGCUCUUUCUAUCAAUUGGUUGAACGAGCAGUUUGAUAGUGCUGGCAAAGAGAAGAGUUCCUAUGAACAAGGAAUUUCACAUUUACCAUACUGGGAAGCACUCAAAUUUUUUUGUUUGAAAUUAGCAGAGUUUAUUUAUUUUAAUAGGAAGGAAAUAUUCUCUGAGGCAGAGACUGCUUCCUGUUGGAAAAAUUUAAGUGGGAUCCAUGACGCAUUUCGUCAAUAUUGCCAUAUCUUCCUUGAUCUUCUCAGUGCUACUGAGAGAGAGAAAGUGACAUCUGGGGACAAUCACAAAGUGAUAUCUGUUGUAGUUGUGGCUGCUCUUAUGCUCUCAUUUGAAAUAAACCAAAACAUAAAGGAGAGUACUCUAUCAGUAAAGCAUGUUAUUUCUGCGCAGUGGAUCCCAAUUAAGAGGCUUAAGUAUCUAUAUGUUUCUCUUAAUAACAUAGCAGUGAUAUUGAAGAGUAAAAAGCGCCUGAAAGAGGCUUUUAAAGCUUUAAAAAUGUGCUGUAAAGCUUUAUGGAAUUAUGUUGUAGAUCUUUGUAAAGUAGAGACGACCAAAUCACAUGUGGCUCAAGAUGACAUGUCAGAAAAGUCUAUUGCAGAUUUUGUCAUGGAGGCAUCUGAUAAAGUUGCUUUUCUUAUGCAACUUAAUCAAGAAGGUGAUUUCAAGGUGAAUGGGAUCAUUAGAGAAAGUAUUAUAUGCUGGUCAAAUUCAGAGAAUUUGAUUGCAACACUACCAACUCCUGCGUCUUUGAUAAAGGAAUGGGUAAAGAUACAAUAUAAAAUGUCGGAUGACACAGAGCAUGAAGUAAUGCUGUAUUCAUUGCUUUCAUCUUCUAAAGAAAUAUCUAAAAGGGCACUUGGAAAAAUAUUGGAAGAGGAGCUUUGUGCAUACGAUGAAAAGAGCUACUUGAAUCCAAGAUACAGUCUCAGAAUGAAAAUGAAAGUAAUCAAUGUCCUAUUGGAAGAAAUUUAUGUCACAAAGGACAGUAUUGUGAAGAAAUGCAGAGUUCUUAUACAAAAGGCAAAGUCACUAAGAGCUCUAGGAUUAGAGCGACUGGAUGAGUGCAUUCAGUGUCUGUCAGAUGCAGUUUCAACAUUGAAGUUGAUAUAUGGCUCAAGAAGAAGCUGCAGUUCUCAGACUCAUCAUCUCCUCGUACAUGCUUACCUUUUACGUGCACUUUAUACCCAGGAGGCAGCACCGCAAUCAAUGGUUUUAUUACCUGGAAGUGGUUUUCUUGAUGACAUUCGUGAUGCAUUGAAUCUCUGCUUGCACCCAGAUCAUUGCCAUGAUGAUGAACAAUAUGAAGACAUGCUAUACUUAUGGUAUCGACUCAUUGAUUUCCUAUCGAUAAAGGGUUAUUUGGAAAUUCAUCCCAGGUUGUAUGAUGUCGUGAUCAAGUUGUUUAACAAGAAGAACAUUCACUUUGCAAAAACACUGGCUGAACUCUGGAAAAACAAGAGGCUUAGUCAUGCUCUCUGUGCUUCACCUGUAAAUCAUAUGUUUAUUGGGACAUUCUCUAAGCAUGAGAGUCAACUUUGUAACUCUUCCAUAUUUUGGAGCAAGUGUAUGGAGGAGCUGCAGCCUCUUGUUGUUGGUUUCCAUCACAUCAAUAAUGAGAUUAAACAAGCAGCUUCUGAUCUCAUUUCCAGUGUUCAAAUGACCAGUUGUACAAGCUUUCUUUCAUCAAAUCUAUACUACGACUUGUCUGCAAGACUGAUAUCAAGUGGACAAAUGAUUGAGGCUCUUGCAUAUGCAAAAGAGGCCCAUCGCUUACGUAGUAAACUCUUACAACAAAAAUUUGAAUACUCAGUGGAGAAAGUGGCGGAGACAUUUGAGGUGAAAGGGGAGCUCAUUGAAAAGAGUUACUAUGGUGUGCAGACCUUCAAAGUUAAUGAUUUUGUGGUGACAAAAGGUUCUUGUGAUUAUGAGGGCUGCGUCCUUACUCCUUGGAAUGUGCUUAGUUGUUAUCUCGAAAGCAUACUACAGGUUGGAUUUGUUCAAGAGAUUCUUGGAAACGUAUCUGAGGCUGAAAUGCUUUUACAGUGGGGUAGAAAUGUGGCCCAGUUUCAGAAUUUGCCACUUUUUGAAAUUUCUUUUUCUUGUCUAUUGGGAAAGCUAUACCGCAAACAAAAGCUUUGGAGCCUAUCUGAAAAAGAAUUGUCCAGUGCUAAGAAAGGACUAGCAGACAAUCUUGAUAACAUCUCCUGCAAAAAAUGUUUAUGGAUGUGGGAAAUAUCCAUUAAUCAACAACUUGGGGAUUUAUUCUUGAGCGGUUCUUGCUGUAAUGAAGAGCCUCCUUCUCCAAAGACGUUGUCUAGUGCCAAAGGAUUGUACAAAUUAGUACUAGACAAGCUAAAUCUUUCUGACUGGGGGACUUUGUACUCUACUUCUGAAGAAUCUCUUGCAAAUGAUAAAUCUGAAAGUAAAGUUGAACCAAGAAGAUCUAGAAGGACAAAAAAAGAAAUGAAACCUGCUUCUCAGAAACAGGACUAUGUAUGUGGUCAUAAUCGUAGGGUUACUCGGUCUGUCCAUCGCUCUGUAGUAGAAACCCAUGAGAUUGAACCAGGUGACAAAGAAACCGGUCCCUCUUCUAGUUUAGCCACUGAGCAUCUGAGGAGUUUUGAUUCAAAAAACUUUUCUGCUGAUCUUCAAAGUGAAAUCAGAUCUCUUUGCAACAAAAUGAAAUGUUGGCAGUGUCUUCAUGGAGCUGGUGAAUGCAGCAAUUUAAGCAUAUUCAUAUGCAUGAACUGGGAGCUUGUUCACAGAAAGCUUUCUUUAAGAUUACUUAUAAGCAUAGGAAAAUUUUCUGGCACUUUUGGCCAUGUUCAUGAAGCACAUGAAACUCUGUUACAAAGUUUAUCAAUUUUCGUCAGUAGAAAUUCAUAUUGUUCGAAGCAUUCUUCAGAUUCCCUUCUUUUCCUAAUUGAGUCGGUUGGGAAGUAUUAUCCUGGAGAUGCAUUGGCUGUUGAACGUGCAACACUCCUUUACUUUAUUUGCUGGUUCAUUGUAAAAAAUAAUUGUUACCAGGCUACCAGCAUUCCCUCAUCAAACAGAAACUUCUGCUGUGAGCUUUCUAGCAUUGGGACAGUAAGGGUGCUUUCCUUGCUGAAGGUGUCCUUUAUACUAUGUCGUGAUGUUCCUUUACUUCUCCAAAAAGUCUCCAGGUUGCUUACAGCCAUAUAUGUGCUUUCGACAUCAUUGGAGCAAUUUUCUUUAUCUUCAAAUGAGCAAGGUUCUGAAAGUCAGUGGGCUUCUUUCUUCCAUCAAGCUUCACUUGGCACUCAACUUAACCAGCAAUUCUUAUCUGGGAUAAUGCAAAAGAAACAAAGUCAAAGUGCUACAGAUUCUGAGGAUUCCUCUCUUCCAGACUCUGUUUUAGACAUUCACGGUUUACCUCACUCCCUCAGGCCUGCACCUGAGUCUUGCAAGGACCUGGAAGAAUUUGUGUUAGAUUUUUUUCAGGGCCUGCCAUCAACUCCGAUCAUCUGCAUUAGCUUGGUGUCAGGUGCUGAUGCUAGUUUGCUUAAAGAACUCCUGCAUUGUUCUCCAAAAGUUCAAGCAUGGAUUCUGUUAUCCCAUUUGAGUUCGGAUAACCAACAUGUUGUACUUCUUCCUGUGCAUGAAAUUUUGAAAGAAGAAGCUUCAGAUGAAGAUGCCAGUUCCAGCUCAGUUAUCUUCAACUGCAAAGAUUUUGUGAAGCAAUGGCAGUGUCCUUGGGUCUCCUCUGUGAUCGAUGACAUAGCCCCAGUAUUUAGACAUGUACUGGAAGGAAAUUACUAUUCAUCCUCAGAGUAUUUCCUAGAAUAUAUUAAAGAAAACACAUCUCUGUGGUGGACGCAGAGGAACAAACUUAAUGAAUGCCUCUGCAAAUUUUUGCAAGAUAUGGAGGACUUGUGGCUUGGUACUUGGAAAUAUUUGCUUUUGGGGAUUUGGCCAAGCUUCAACUCUCUGGACUCUAUACAGAAAAGCCUUUCCCAAGAUGAGAUGGAUCUUUUGCAGCUUGUUGUAACAAAAAAAUGCUAUGUUGGCCUCAGGUCAGAGGCAACUUCUGGAUCAUCUAGUCAAUUUGAAAAUAUGAUGGAGUUAUUGUUCAGUAGAAUGCUUGAAAUGUCCGAUAACGUAGACCAGGUUGAAUGCAUCAAUGGAAAGCCAAUCAUCUUGGUUUUGGAUAUUGAGGUGCAGAUGCUUCCAUGGGAGUGUCUACCAAUAUUGAGAAAUCAGGAGGUUUACCGAAUGCCUUCCAUUGGUAGCAUUUUUGCAACACUUGACAGGCACUGCGAAAACCAAAAUCGAUUAGAGACAAGCGUUCCGGUCUUUCCUCUUAUAGAUCCCCUGGAUUCAUAUUAUUUAUUGAACCCAGAUGGUGAUCUUAGUAGAACACAGGUUGAAUUUGAGAAUUGGUUCAAAAAUCAAGACAUAAUAGAGGGAAGAAUUGGAACUGUGCCCACAGUUGAGGAACUCUCUCUUGCCUUAAAAGGCCACGACCUCUUCAUCUAUUUUGGUCAUGGAAGUGGUACACAAUACAUCCCCGGGCACGAGAUUCAGAAAUUGGACGGUUGCGCUGCCACUCUACUUCUGGGAUGCAGCAGCGGAUCCCUUUACCUCAAAGGAUCCUACAUGCCUCAAGGGGCUCCACUCUCUUACAUACUGGCAGGCUCUCCUGUUAUUGUUGCCAAUCUGUGGGAGGUUACGGAUAAAGACAUCGACAGGUUUGGGAAGGCGAUGCUCAACGCGUGGUUGAGAGAGCGAUCAGCAGCUUCAUCCGAGUGUGCACAAUGUAUGCCCACAAAAUGUAUUCAUAGACCAAGGAUUGCUUCAUUUAUGGCUCAAGCUCGAGAUGCUUGCACUCUUGGUUUUCUCAUUGGAGCAUCACCAGUUUGUUAUGGUGUUCCAACAGGGAUAAUAAAAAGAAAAGCCUUAUAGAAUAUUAUUAAUAUUGGUCAUGAAAUCAUCUUCUGUUGCUCUUUUCCUUAACCAAAGGAAUCUCAAUUUUUGAAAUGGCCCAACACAAUAAAUUUGUAUUUAAUUUAUGCUA